CUCACUCACAAGACCACGCGGUUCCAGUGGUCACCAGCUACAGCCAGGAACCAUCUCUCUGCGGCACCCCCUGUCCUCCCAAGCAAGCUCCAUGACACAGCACGGUGAGCUCUUGUAGCCUGAGGCCCCAUUCCCUCCCAGCGGCAACGACUUUCUGCACCUUGGCUCUUUUCUCUCUCCCGCCUCUCCCUUCCUCAAGGUUGAUUGUCCGCGGACGACGUCGAGUCCAACCCCCGCCUUAGCCCGUCAUAAGAACCCGGGGCUUCCUGGUCCGACGCCCGAGCCCACACGAGCCCCCAAGCAUCGCCGACUGUGUGCUAGGUACGAUCCGCCCGUCACAAAGAAGAUACUCCGUGCCAGCAGAUCCCCAUGGGGUCCCUCAGGUCGCAGGGCCAGAGGCACACCUCGAUGGCCCCGCCGCCUGCUGCGAGCUCUGCCUCGGCCAAGCGAACCCCUCUGCGAAUCCUCUGCUUCGGCGACAGCCUCACGUCAGGGUUCCCGACCGGCAUGCCCUAUGCGGUCCAGCUGCGCCUCAAGCUGGCCGCCGCGUUCCCACACCACGAGAUAUACUGCGAGGUAGAGGGCGUGCCCGGGGACCAGGUCGCAAAGGGCAAGUUCAUCGAGCGGAUGAACCUGUCCUGGAAGCUCGCGGAGCGGGACAAGGAGCCCUACGACUGGACGAUAGUCCUGGGCGGGACAAAUGAUCUCGGCUGGGGCACCCCCAUAUCUGACAUCAAGCAGGCUCUCGAAAAGUGUUGGGACAUCGCCCUCGCCAAGGGCUCCAAGGUGCUCGCCCUGACCGUGCCCGAGACCAAGUAUAACCGCGACAAGCUCAUCAGCCAGAGGGAAGAGCUGAACGCCUUUAUCAAGGACACCAAGAAACGCGGCUUCUUCUACCACGACCUCCACAGCUCUUUCCCCUACCACUCAUUACCGCCAUCGAGGAAGCCCGAGCUGUGGAACCCGGACGGGCUGCACCUGACGAGCGAGGGCUACGCCGAGGUCGGGUCCAAGGUCGCCGACGAGCUCAUCCGGCUGAUACGCCUGCAGGAAGCCACCGAGACCGAGAUCAGCUCCAUCUUCACCGACGCCCGGCAGCGCCGUGCUGUGGAAGACCUCAUACAAGAGGAGGAGAGGGGGGACCCGAAGCUCCUGAGCCAGGGCUACAUUUAUGUGCGGCGGCAUGAUCUCGACUGAACUAGGCGUUGCCUUCUGGGUUAAACAAACAACCUGGAUUUUUCUAUAUUCCGGCUUUGGAAAUUGUGGCGUUAAUUCUGGGGCAUCACUCACACGCACGCACGCACAUAACAUGUCCCAUAUUCCCCCAUGAUGCUUGCACAAUCUCAAGAUUACUGGCGUUUUUGGUGUUCCCAUCUUUUCAAAU